AUGGAUCUAGCAGCAGCAAGCAAAGACUUGACUUAUCACCGUGACCAGAUUGAGACCGAGGCCGAUCGUACCAAUGACCGCCACUCCCUCUUGCGCAUGACCGAGCGCAAGCUGCAUCUCGUCAUCAAGACGGCCCAGCAUGAUGCCUGGCACUUGCCAGUGAUCACCCUUGAAGCCGAACACGGCUCUCUACGCGGCGCCUGCGAGGCACUUUUGCAGAAUACAGUCGACGAAAGCACGCGUACCUACACAAUUGGCAAUUGCCCUAGCAGCGUCCUGCCUCCACUGGCCACAGCUCCCAAUCAGACGAGCUUCGUGAUGCGUGCCCUCCUUGUGUCAGACCAAGCCUCGUUUACGAAUGCGGUCAAGGAUUUCGCUUGGGUCACUGCUGACGAAUUGCCUGAGGUGCUCGAUGCCGACGUGGCGAAUCAAGUGCAAAAGAUCACAUUCUAA